CGACGGCUGCGUCCCCGCCGCGGCCAGCGCCGGCGCCAGUGGAGGGCUCCGACGUCAAGGUGCUCGUCCAGGUCUACGCGGUCGGGGCCGACGGCGAGAUGGUCGUCGACUUCAAGACGGGCAUGGGCAGGCCGCUCGGCAAGCUGAUGGCGGCGUGGUGCAGGCACUGCGGCGUGCCGGAGGGCGAGGCGCGCUUCGAGCUCGCGGGCCGCGCCGAGAGGCUGCGGCCGAGCGACACGCUGCAGGGCCUCGGCGUCGGCGCGGCGGGGCAGCCCGUGCGGAUCGACGCGGUCCCCGACGGCGCCGACGGCCCGGCCGACGACCCGACCGCCGAGCUGGCGGCCGAGCAGGCGGCCCGCCGCGAGCCCGGCGGCGCAGAGCAGGCCCCGGCGCUGCUUCCGCCGGCGGCGAUUCCGGCCGAGGCCGCCGUCGGCUCGCCGCCCCCCGGCAGCGAGCCGCAGGGGCGGCGGCCGCCCGAGCAGGCCAGCGGUGCCACCGGCGGCGGCCCCGCCGACAGCGGCGGGGCUGCCAGCGGCGGCGGCGCGGCUCCGCCGCCCACCGGGGUGGGCGGGGGCGGCGCGCUGGGCGCCGCCGCGGCGCCGGGCCCCGGGAAGGUGACCGUGCAGGUUGUCGCCACGGCCGCCGACGGGGAGCUCGCCCAGCUGGACUUCAGGAUGAGGCCAGAGGCCACGUUCUCGAAAUUGAUGGUCGCGUGGUGCAGAGAGAACCAGGUGGACGUCGGUGCCGCCGCCUUCUUCCUGGAAGAGUCUCGCCGGGAGCUGGCCCCGGAGGACUCGCCCGCGUCCAUCGGCUGCGGCCUCGACGCGGGAGUCCUGCGGCUCCGCGCGGAGCCCCGGGGCGGCCCUGGGGCGGAGGGCUUCGCCGAGCAGGCGCCGUCGCCGGAGGCGCCGCAGCCAGGGGCGCCCGACCUUCGAGAGGCCGCGGCGGGGCCCGCCGUGAAGGUCGAGGGCGAGAAGGUCCUCGUGCAGGUGGUGGCCGAGAGCGAGGACGGGCAGCUCGUGGUGGACUUCACCGUCAAGCGCGACACCCCGCUCAGGAAGGUCAUGGAGGCGUGGUGCAACCACAACGGGCUGGACGUGGGCGCCGCGCUCUUCCGGCUGGACGACGAGGGCGGCGGCGCCGGGCGGGAGGUGCGGCCGGAGGACACGCUGGCCUCGCUGGGCUGCCGGCCCGAGCCCGGGGCCGGCGCCGUCGUGCUGCGGGCACAGCCCAGGGACGAGGACGGCCCCGAGGCCGCCGCCAGCAGCGGCGCGGCGGCCGCCGCCGCCGCGGGCGGGCGCCCCCCCGCGGCCGAGCCGCCAGCGCCCGCGGCGGCGGCGGAGGGCCACGGGCCGCCUCUGGCGGCGGCGGAGGGCCGCGGGCCGCCGGGCCCCGAGGCGCGCCUCGCCGGGCGGUGGGGGGCACGUCAGGGGCGCAAGUUUCCCGUUGGAGUACUUUCGAGGCAGAUGCGGGCGGAAGCAGCCACUCACUCUCACUUUUGA